AUGGCGGAUUCUAAGCUAUCACGAGCUGCCAAUGAAUUCCGAAGUGACACUUUCACCACCCCAACACCGAGCAUGCUGGAAGCCAUGGCAAACGCUACUAUGGGCGACGAUGUCUAUGAAGAAGAUAGUACCACAACCGAAUUCCAGAGAGAAAUUGCUCGAUUGACCGGAAUGGAGGACGCUAUUUUCAUGCUGUCAGGGACUAUGGGAAAUCAAAUUGGAGUCCGAGUCCAUCUUAACCAGCCUCCGCAUUCUGUGCUGUGUGACUACCGCGCCCACGUGUACGCUGAAGAGGGGUCUGGAUUGGCGGUAUUGUCUCAGGCAAUGGUUACUCCAGUUCAUCCCGCAAAUGGCAUAUACUUGACCUUGGAUGAUGUCAAGAAGUGGGUCACGCUGGGUGAUGAUAUUCAUACUGCGCCGACAAAAGUUAUCAGUCUCGAAUUGACAAUCGGAGGAGUGUUGACUCCGAUGGAAGAGAUUCAAAAAAUUUCCGAAUUCGCACAUGCCAAUAAUAUCAAGAUUCACUGCGAUGGCGCUCGCCUGUGGAAUGCAUCUGCGGCCUCUGGCUAUUCGCUAGCCGACUACUGCAAAUACUUUGACACUGUUUCAAUGUGCGUUUCGAAGGGACUUGGUGCACCGGUUGGUGGAGUCCUUGCAAGCACUAAAUCGAACAUCAAACAAGCUAGAUGGUUGAGAAAACAACAGGGGGGUGGUAUUCGUCAGGCUGGCGUUCUGACAUCUGCUGCUAUGGUGGCACUGAAAGAAGUCUGGCCAACUAUGAAGCAAACCCACGAAAAAGCAAAGAAAUUGGAAACCGACUUGGCAGCAUUGGGCGUUGUACCUCAGAUUCCGGUUGACACCAAUUUCUUUUUCAUUGACGCCGGGAGAUCGAAAAUUGAUAUGGGGGUAUUGUUGGAGCAAUGCAAAAAGUUCGAUGUGAAGUUGAUGGAUGAGCGAAUCGCUUUGCAUCAUCAAAUUAGCGACAAGGCAAUUGAGAACCUCAAAGCUGCGAUCGCGGAAGCCGUGAGAAUCACGAAAGAUUUGCCACCAGGUUAUGUCUCCCAAGUCCAGCCAGCUGGAUAUGGUAGCACUUCGAAGAUGAACGAGUAUAGCUAG